GCUCCGACUCAGUAGCAUUCAGAACGCUCUUAGCUGAAAGAAUCAUUUUGCUCUGGUAUACUCACCAACUCGGCUCUGAAUAAAAAGGUGACGUGAGUCUGAGUGUAAUUGGAUGCUCAAAAUUUAAAUGUCGCUUGGAAACAUUCUUGACAGUGAAUAUGGCAAGGAUGAUGUAUCUUAAUAGGCUGCUGUCUGGAGUGGAUCAUGCCCCCUAGAUAGCAGACUCCACAUCUUCGCUUCGGGCUGUUGGCCACUCCUGUUUGGAGAGUAUGCCUCCCCGGAAGCGCACACGGCCUGCCCUGGGCUUCCUGUGCUGCCUCAACAGCAGUGAGCCCCCUGAGAUUAAUCUGAAGGACAGUGUGCCACUACAGCUCUUGGAGUUCAGCGCUCCUAUACCCUCUGAGGAUGAACUACAUGCCCGCUUCUCUGAAUUAGUGGAUGAAUUAGAUCUCACAGACAAGAACAGGGAAGCCAUGUUUGCUUUGCCUGCUGAGAAGAAAUGGCAGAUCUACUGCAGCAAGAAGAAGGAACAAGAGGAUCCCAACAAGCUCGCUACCAGCUGGCCUGACUACUACAUAGACCGCAUCAACUCCAUGGCAGCUAUGCAGACACUUUUUGCAUUUGACGAAGAGGAAAUGGAGAUGCGCAACAAGGUGGUAGAGGAUCUAAAAACAGCCCUCCGCACUCAGCCAAUGAGGUUUGUGACAUGUUUCAUUGAGUUGGACGGCUUGACAUGUCUUUUGAACUUCUUGAAAAGCAUGGACUAUGAGACCUCAGAGAGCCGCAUCCACACUUCCAUUAUCGGCUGCAUUAAAGCCUUGAUGAACAACUCCCAGGGCCGUGCCCACGUGCUGGCCCACCCCCAAAGCAUCAACACAAUCUCCCAGAGCCUUCGUCAGGACAACAUCAAGACCAAGGUGGCCGUACUGGAGAUCCUGGGUGCAGUUUGCCUGGUGCCAGAUGGCCAUAAGAAAGUGCUACAGGCAAUGGCUCACUACCAGAAGUAUGCUGCUGAACGCACACGCUUCCAGUCUCUCCUCAACGAGUUGGACAGGAGCACAGGACGCUACAGAGACGAAGUCAAUCUGAAGACGGCCAUCAUGUCUUUCAUUAAUGCUAUGCUGAAUGCUGGGGUUGGAGAGGACAGUCUGGAGUUCCGUCUUCAUCUUAGAUAUGAGUUUUUGAUGUUGGGAAUUCAGCCGGUCAUCGACAAGCUGAGAGCUCAUGAUAAUGCCACGCUUGACAGACAUCUGGACUUCUUUGAGAUGGUGCGGAAUGAGGAUGAGUCCGAACUGGCCAAACGCUUUGAAAUGACACAUGUGGAUACCAAGAGUGCCGGUCAGAUGUUUGAGCUGAUCAAGAAGAAAUUAAGCCAAACAGAUGCUUACCCCAACCUGCUAUCUAUCCUACAACAUUGCCUCCAAAUGCCAUAUAAACGUGGGACAGGUAGCUUACAGCAAUGGCAACUUCUAGACCGUAUUCUUCAGCAAAUUGUUCUGCAGGAUGACAAGGGAGAAGACCCAGAUGUUUCACCUCUGGACAAUUUCAAUGUUAAGAACAUUGUUAGAAUGCUUGUCAAUGAAAAUGAAGUCAAACAGUGGCGAGACCAGGCAGAAAAGUUCAGAAAAGAGCAUGUAGAGUUGAUGGCUCGUCUGGAAAGGAAAGAGAGGGAGUGUGAGACCAAGACACAGGAGAAGGAGGAUAUGAUGAAGACUCUCAACAAGAUGAAGGACAAGUUACAGAGGGAAGGCGUGGAGUUGCGCUCAGCCAGGGAGCAUGUUUUAGACCUCUCCUCCCGCAUUAGUGACAUUUCAAGUGGUGGAGUCCCUUUACCCAUUCCCCCUCCACUCACUGGGAGCCUGAUGGCUCCACCCCCACCACCUAUGAUGAUGGGUGGUUUCCCUCCUCCUCCACCUCCUCUCCCUUUCUCCAGCCCGCCACCUCCUCCUCCACCUCCCCCUGGAGGUCCUCCUCCCCCACCAGGAGCUCCGUCCAUCUUCUCCGGGGUCCCGCCUCCCCCCGGACCUACUUCCAUCAGUUCCACCUCCAGCCCGUGCACAAAGAGCAUCCCACAACCUUCACAGCCACUAAAAUCUUUUAACUGGUAUAAACUGGGUGAGAACAAGAUCACCGGUACCAUCUGGCAUGAGAUUGAUGACAGAAGGGCUUUUAAAGUUCUCGACCUGAAGGAUAUUGAGAAGAUGUUUUCAGCUUAUCAGAGGCAGCAAGAGCUGCUCACUAACCAAUCCUUCAAGCAGAAAGAGACAGGCUCUAUGGAUGACCUAUACCUGAGCUCACGUAAAGUCAAAGAGCUGUCUGUCAUCGACGGGCGGAGGGCCCAGAACUGUGUCAUCCUUCUCUCCAAGUUAAAAAUGAGCAAUGAGGAAAUAAAGAGAGCCAUUCUAGAGAUGGACGAAAGAGAAGAACUUGCUAAAGAUAUGUUAGAACAGCUGCUAAAGUUUGUUCCUGAGAAAGGUGAUAUUGACCUUCUGGAAGAACACAAGCAUGAACUUGAGCGCAUGGCCCGUGCUGAUUGCUUCUUGUUCGAGAUGAGCAGAAUUGACCACUAUCAACAAAGGCUGCAGUCUCUUUUCUUCAAAAAGAAGUUUGCAGAGCGUCUGGCAGAGACUAAGCCCAAGGUUGAAGCUAUUCUGUGCGCGUCACGUGAGGUGGUGAAAAGUAAACUUCUGACACAGGUUCUGGAAGUGGUUUUGGCUUUCGGGAACUUCAUGAACAAAGGACAGAGGGGCAAUGCCUACGGUUUCAAAGUGUCCAGCCUCAACAAGAUCGUAGACACCAAGUCAAGUAUAGACAGGAAUAUCACCAUGUUGCACUACCUGAUCAUGAUCUUUGAGAAGAACUUUUCUGACACCCUCAACAUUCAACAGGACCUGAUCAGCAUACCAGAGGCUGCCAAAGUCAAUUUGUCUGAGCUGGAGAAGGAAGUGUUCAGCAUUAAGAGUGGCCUGAAAGCUCUGGAGGUGGAAUUACGGUACCAGCAGAGCCGAGCACAUGAUCGGGGAGACAAAUUUGUCCCGGUGGUCAGUGACUUUAUCACAGUCGCUAGCUUCAGCUUCUCUGAACUCGAGGAUCUACUUAAUGAAGCCAAGGACAAGUUCUCAAAGUCUUUAAAACAUUUUGGAGAAGAGGAGGGGUGCAUGCAGCCGGACGUUUUUGGAAUCUUUGACACUUUCCUGCAGUCUUUCAGCGAGGCCAGACAGGACCUGGACAAUAUGCAGCGACGCAAGGAGGAGGAAGAGAGGAGAGUGCGCAUGGAGGUCAUGCUGAAGGAGCAGCGGGAACGAGAGAAACGAGCGAAGAAAAGCACAGGAGGAAGUGUGUCAGAGGAGGUGGGCGAGUUUGAUGACCUUGUUUCAGCGCUUCGUUCUGGUGAAGUCUUCGACAAGGACUCUAAGCUAAAACGCAAUCGUAAGCGCUCUGUUAACCAGCUGGUGGACGACGGGGGUCGUGAACGGCCAAUCACCAAGGUCAACUAUUGACCUCUGUGAAUAUGGUCACAAGAAGUCCAGACAGUCAUAUUCACAGACUUGUGCACCUAAGGCAAACUGUCUUGAAAUGCCACACACUGCCCUCUUUUACCCAGACUAACUGACAAGCUUAAAGAUGGAGAAGUCCACUGUAAGAUCUUGUUUGGCCUGAAUUUCCACAGAACCAUUUGAAGGAUAUCCUGCAAUCUACUUUCAGUCUUCCUCCAUUACGUGUAUUUGAUUUAAAUUUCAAAGAACCUGAGUUUCAACCUGGUCAGACAAACUACAUAUGUACAAUAAGUACAUGCAGUGAUGAAGCAGAUUUUCUGAGAAGUGCCAGAGGAAAUCGUUCCGGGCAAUAACAACACUUUAAAUUUCAGAUCCAAUUGUGCUUUUCAAUUUAAAGGAGGUAGUUGAUGCUUCUUAAACAUGGAGAUGGAGACAAAUGAGUUGUGAGAAGAAGAAAAAAAGAAAAUAAUAUUUAUAAUAAUAAUAAUAUUCAACCCUGGAUAUUGCGAUCUCUAGGAAGUACAAUAUGACACUGUGGAUGCAGCCUCAUAGGAUGGGAAACUUCCCCAAGUGCCUCAACACAUAAAUGGCAUUCCAAGAACUACCUCCUGGAUGGAGAUACAGAGAAAGAACAGCACUUUCAUGAAGAGAUCCAUAGUUUUAUGAAACGUCAAGUCUCAAAAAUGCUAAAUGAUUACAGAAAAUGGUGCUGCUUACAGAAAGUUAAUUUGCAUAAAUGUUCUCGGAAAAUUUAUAAAAUCGGUUGAAAUUUCAUGGCAUUACUUCAGUGCAAAAUUAUAGUAAAACAAAAAUAAAUGCAUAAAUAGUGGAAUUUAUGUAUUUAGAGGCAGACCCAAAAUUCAUGUUUUCUUGUUUAUGCAUUUUCUUUCAUUUCUUAUUAGCAAUUAAUUAGCAAUGAGCAAGAAUUACCAUGUGUCUUAAUCAAGUUUUCAGGUAACAUAGAGGUUUUUUGGGCCUUGAUUAUAUAUGUUAAAUACACAAUGCCUCAAAUGUUUUCAAAUUUAAUAGGUACAUUAUGCCGACUGCUAUGUCCCUGGUCUGAAAAAAGCUGUCUCCUAAAUGUCAGAGAUAUCUGGUGAGAUCCAAUGGAUUUUUAACCAGUGAACUCAAGGUCAACAUUACGUAACCCACUUUGGUUUCUUUUUAUUAUAUUUUGUUCAUAAUUUUGAAAUUACAUGUAUAUUUAGUAGCUGUAGUCAAGACAAAGGUUGCAGAUGUACAUACAAUGACCUUGUAGUUGGCAUGGUGUGGCAGAGAAGAAAAUAUUGUAAGUGAUGGGAAAGACAAGCCUGUAAUAUACAGCUCUGGAAAGAAAUUUAAUAAUUAAGGCCACUGCAAAAUUAUCAGUUUCUCUGGAUUUACUCUUUAUAGGAAUGUGUUUGAGAAAAAUUUUAAUUUUAAUUUUAUUCUAUAAACACACUUAUAAAUAGUAAAUCCAGAUAAACUGAUGAUUUUGCAGUGGUAUCUUAAUUUUUUCCAGACCUGUAGAUCUAAAGGCAAUGCCAAAGUCAGAGUAAAGUGUAUAUGUCCGGAGAGGUAAUGUUUUUUUUAAAGAUUUUUCCCAAGCAAGUGAGUUUUACAGAGAUGCAUCAAACUACUUUGAUUGCAACAGGCCUCUUCUGUCAUUUGUCCAUAUGGGGUCACCAUGAGAGUUCUGUGAUAGGGGAUUGUGUUUAUCUUUUCAGUGACAGAUGAAUAUGGAUACUUGGUGCUAAUCUUCCAUUUGUGUAAGUACAGCUCUGCGGUCCCAAGGGUGUUCACAUGAGCAGGGCCUUUGGAACGUACUGUACGUAUAAAAAAAUUUGAUCCAGUGGGAUAAAUUAUUCUGCCCAAACUACAAGCGUUUUUAUAAUGCUUAUACAAUCUUAAGGUGCCAUAAUAAAGGGCCAGUACAGUCAUUCUCUACUUUCUCAAUAGCACCAGCUCAUAUGUUCUUCUUUAGAUGUAAUGGUGUAUAUUUAUGGUUAUUUUCAAGGGUGUAUAUGUAUACAAAAAGUAUCAAUUUGAGUCCCAUUUUUGGUCAUUAAGUUUUGUGACUGAUGAUUUGCUUGCAAGUUGUCAAUUAGUCGAUGUUUGUAUAACAAACCGAGUUUGGGCUAACAAGUUAGUUCCAGGUUUUGGUCAUUUAGAAAAAGACAAUUACUGUCUAUUUAUAAAAAGGUUUGACCUGUUAUCAGUUAGAUUAUACUUCCUAAAAGCUUUAAUCUUCCUCUUAUUAGAAGGGUAAAUCUUAUGGCAAAGUCCUAAAUCUUUAGAUUAAACUGAGAUCCCAAUUAGGAAUAUGGGUUUGCUAUUUAGAAUUACUGUUCAGUGUGCGCAGAACAACAAUAAAUAUAAUUCAUAAUGGCAAUAAACUAAUUAAACUUUUCCCCUGCCAAAUUACAAUUGGGGGCAAUUUUCUUUAGCAUUAUUUUAUUUGAGUCUGUAUUGUUCUUGUCAAAUAUGCGAGAAGUUAUAUUGUUCCACAGAACAGCCUCUGUCUUUAUUCCAGUUCCACAAGAGUAUUAUUCAAGCUUCAUUAUUAUUAUUACUUUUCUUUGUAUUAUUAUUAUUUUUUUUUUUUGUAUGUAUAUUUGGUCAUUGAUUGGCCAAAACAGAAAAGAUGUAGCUAGUUGCUUGAUGCACUUUUUUGUAGGACAAACUUUUUCCUGCACCACAAAUCUGAUGAGCCAAAGGCUGAUAACAUAAUGAGAAGUUUAGGUAUAUUUUUGUAGUUAAUAAAGAAUCAGUCCUUCAUAAAUGGGUAUAAAUGCUUUCAAGUCCCCAAAUGAUAACGCUGAUAUUUCAGGAGCAUUGUGAUUAUUCUCAAUUGAUGGCUAGAUUUCAUAUGAAGGGUAAAGCAAAUGUUUACUUUGGUAUAUUGUUCAACAGCAGGUAGAGAAGAUAAAUAUAUAAAGAUGUUGUCAUUUUAACCAAACUGCAUCUCAAAGCACCAAGUCAAUUGCCUAAAUCUAUCACUUGCUUUUAUAUCUAUUUUAUAAAGAGAAUGUUUAGCCUCCCACUUCUGCUUGGUCCGAUAAUGCACUUAAAAGUUUUCCCCAACGGUUUGAGUGGUGCAUAUAUGUGGUUCUUUGAUAAUACAAAUAUAGGUGUAUUAUUGCCUGCAACAUGAAACACAAGUCACAGUCUUUGUAUGUUCAUGGAAUGCUGCACCCGUUAUUUUAAAAGGUUGUAUAUUGAUUGUGCCAAGCUGAGAGUUUUAAAGGCUGAUUUGACAAAAGUCUCACUUAUAAGAUGUAUAAUUCUCUCUUUUUUUUUUACACCAUGAUAGUUGUUUAAGGAAUAAAGAGAAAAGGUGAACUGAAUAAAAAAAAUGCUGAGGAAUGUGGAAGAGGAAUUUGUUUUCCUGUACAUUGAAGCUCUAUUUAUUUACCUUAAUUAGUUAAGAUACAUUAUGUAUACACAGCAUUACAUCAGAAAUACUAUAAUUAUUAAUAACUAAAUUGUGAUUCAUGUAUGUCACAUAGUUUUCAGGCCUGUAUGAGAAUAACACCUCCCACCAAAUCUCUGAACCUUUACCAUGAAUCAUAAUACAAAUAAACUUAUUUCACUGACAUUCAUGUAUCUAGGUCAUUUGGGUUUAUGGUGUUAAAUAUCUGCUCUGCUGGCUCAAAUGUCUCUGCUAUAUCCCAGACACCAAUUCAUUCAUCACUGUAGUGAUGACAGUUCUCAUGCUUGCAUUAAUGAUCACAAUUCAACACUGCCCUCAUCUGGUCACAGGGUGUAGCUAGCAAUUACACAUUGACUAGCAGUGAAACAUAGAAAGCAGUAUGUAACAUUUGCAAAAUGUAGCCUAGGUACAGUAAUGUUCAUUCUAUGAGACAAAUUGAAACUGCCACAUCAAAUGGUUGCAACCACAGUUUUUUAUUCUUGGCAUGACUAUGCUUUUAGCAUCACCUAAUACAAGACUAUAGUUAAUCAUCUCUAGAAUAUGCCCAGAUCAAUGACCCAAUACCAAUAAGAAAUUCUACUGGGGGGUUAACCCUUUCAGACCCAGUGCCCAUUCCAAUCACUUUGUUUUUAUUUUUUUUAUUUGGUGCCACACAAAGGAUUAUUAGAUUUGAUGCUUCAACGUUAGUGAAGCAUCAAAGUAUCACCUUUGACAAAAAGUUAAAACCAAUCUUGUGCAAUUAAUCAUUGCAGCCUCUGACUAAACUCAAAACUACAUCUUUAAAAGUUUCAGAUCUGUACGGUUUAAGCUUUGAGACAGAUGCAGCAAACUCUUGCACAUCUGGUGAAUCUGACAUUUAAAUGUUUUAUCCAAGCUUCUAUUGUGGUUAAGGCAUGGCAGAAAUGACAUAUUACAAACUCAAUCAUCAAACAAAACUGAACAUUGGCAUAAUUGUUCAAGGUGCUAAUUGUAUGGACUUUUCCAUAAUUAUGUAACAAAUUAAGGCAUAAUUAAAGGAAUUGUUCAACCCAAAAAUGAAAAUUCUCAUUAUUUACUCACCUUCAUGUCAUCCCAGAUGUGUAUGACUUACUUUCUUCUGCAGAACACAAAUUAAGAUUUAUUUCAGAUUGAUGAAGAAUAUUUCAGGUCUGUAGGUCCAUACAAUGCAAGUGAAUGGGUGCAAAGAUUGCGAAGCUCCACAAAUCACAAAGGCAGUAUAAAUGACUACUCCAGUGGUUAAAACCAUAUUUUCUCAAGCAACAUGAAAGGUGUGGGUGAGAAACAAAUACAUUUUCAAGCACAUUUUCAAUAGAAAUUCUACUUCCUGCCCAUAAGCAGGCAAAAUGAAUGAAGAAUGUGAAUCACCAAAAACACAAGAAGAUGAAUGUGAAAGUUAAUGUGGUGGCUGACUGAGCAGGUAGUAGAAUUUAUAGGAAAAUUGGAAAUCUGUUUUUCACCCACACCUAUCAAAUCACUUCUGGAGACAUUGAUUUAACCACUGGAGUCAUAUCAAUUACUUUUAUGCUGAUGUAUGUGAUUUCUGGGGCAUACACAUUUUGGCACCCAUUCACUUGCAUUGUAUGGACCAAAAGUAUGAAUGUAAAAUAGUGCCUAAAUGAUUUGCAUGUGCAAAGUAAGAUUUGUAAAAGCGUAAAGGAAGUUAAAAGCAUGUUAGAAAAUAAAUUG